AUGGCGGAGGAAUACCGGCAGCGGCUAGACAACAGUGUGGAGAAGCUAGUUGAGAAUUUUAAGGGCCUAAUCAAGACCUCUAAGAUCAAAGACUCUGCUAACACUACACGUGAGGCAUUCCAGAGCUCCGUCUACGCCACUACAUUUGUGCAGGCCAGCGAGUCACUACUCAAGCUUGUGUCCGAAAUGAAACUAUCUCUGGCGCUCGGUGACUUUGAGGGUAUGAGCCAAAAUGUCGACACGACCUCCGACGAAUUACUUAAACGGUGCGACGAUGUGGACGCGCAAAUUUCACACUUAAGCUCCGACAUUUCAUCAGCACUGUUUGAGCUGGAAAAUCACUUCUAUCAGUCCAAGUGGCGGAUCUCGCCCAUACCAGAUAUCGAUGAGACCUCGUGA